AUGACUCAAUCGGCGCUAUCCAACCGAGCCCAAGCCGUGGUAAACGCAGGAGCCGAUAAUCCCUUCCACGAUGUGAUGAGUGAUGUGUGGUGUCCCGCGAAGAAUCCCAAUGGAUACGUCAACGUGGGCGUGGCCGAAAACACAUUGAUGCACGAUGAAUUGUUGGAGUUUCUCAACCAAAAACUCGAAUUACCUGCCAAAUACCUCACCUACAAUGAAGGCGGGACCGGGUCCUCUAGAUUGAAACGAGCUGUUGCCUCAUUUUUGAAUCAUCACCUCAAACCAGUCACGCCCCUAGAGCCCAGCCACCUUAUGACCACCAACGGCGUCUCGCCGGCAAUUGAGCAUGUUGCAUGGGCAUUUGCGGAUCCCGGCGAAGGAAUCCUUCUAGGAAGACCGUACUACGGAAUGUUUAUACCUGAUAUCUCCCUUCGUUCCGGGAGCCCUGUCGUUCCUGUCAGCUUCGAUGAACAUGAUCCUCUCAGCCUCGGGGGUGUUGAUAAGUAUGAAGAAGCAAUUUUGGAGUUCCAGCAGCGGACUGGCAAAAAAGUCAAAGCUUUGAUGCUAUGUCACCCCCACAACCCACUGGGCCGUUGCUACCCCAGAGAGGUACUUAUCAAGAUUAUGCGGCUUUGCCAAAAGUAUCAAGUCCACUUGAUCAGUGAUGAGAUCUAUGCUCUCUCCAUUUUCGAGAACACAGUUGAUGACCAUCCGGCCCCUGUGAAAUUUGAGUCCGCCUUGUCAAUCGACCCAACCGGCAUCAUAGACCCAGGUCUUGUCCACGUUCUCUGGGGCAUGAGCAAGGACUUCGGUGCGAAUGGAAUAAGACUGGGAGUCAUUAUCUCCCAGGCAAAUCGCAACGUCCACAGCGCACUGCAAGGAACUUCGCUCUAUUCUCAAGCAUCGGGUAUUACAGACCACUUGACAUCCCUGCUGCUCGAAGACUACGACUACACCAACCGGUAUAUCGAACAAAAUCAGAAAAAGCUUUCUGAAGCCCAUGGAUAUACCACAAGAUAUCUCAAACAGCACGGUAUCGAAUAUGCCACGGGCUGUAAUGCUGCUUUUUUCGUUUGGAUGAACCUCGGUAAGAGAUAUCGUGAGCUUCAUCCCGAGGUCGGGGACGGAGAUAUUGAAGAGCAAGUAAUGCAGCGUCUUAUGCGGAAGAAGGUCUUUUUGGCCACUGGCUUCCUUUUCGGGUCUGAGAAGAAGGGAUGGUUCCGAAUCGUGGUUACGCAGGGUCAUGAGCUAUUGACAGUGGCUUUGCAAAGGAUCGUUGCGGCAUUAGAAUGA